AUGCCCGACAUCGACCCCGCGGCCUUGAGCAGCCGCCCAUCCGUCAACCUUUCCACCCCGACAUUAUCCAACAAGUCAAUCACCGUCCAGCCUCCGGGUUCUAUCAAAGCAGCCAAAACCAGCCAGAUUAUUCCCGCCCGUAUUGACCUUGAGCCGCUCUAUACCGCUCUGAAGCAGGCCAUUGGCCCGGAAGCAUGGAUCGUGUACAAGGAGUCGACAACGGAGUUCCUCAUCGGUCGGUUGAACCAGACUGAAUAUACGGAACGUAUCGAUCCCAUCCUCGUCUCCCCAAAUGGCGAAAAGGAGCACCUACAUAACCAGCUGAUUGCUGCGAUAUACGGCAAUGUGACGAGGGAGAUGCCAGAUCAGGGGCUCGCCCCUUGGGUCAGCGCCAAUGACAAACCCACUGCUCCCGUCGGUAGCAAGCCUGUAUCAGGCGAUGCUGCUGAACGUCGGCUCAAGGGCGAUGUCAUGCAACUUCCCAGCAAAGACAGGCGGCGCAUCAAGGACCUGGCGUCCAACGAUUUCGACCCCCACGAGAAUCUGGCCAGCGUCUUUUUGGAUAACCACAGACGACAGACCAAGACUGCCGAGGUACCACCCAGCGCAGGAGGUAUAGGUGGUAUCAACAAAAUGAACUUUGACCUCGAGAUCCGCAAGCGUUUCGCCCAGCCUCUAGCUGUCGAAUCAGGCGAAUUUCCAGAUGCGCAAUUAAUCGAGGGCAGAAUGUUACCAUUCUGUUACGAGGCCGGGCUUACAAACGGACAUGUCUCUGAUGCAGCGUACUUCAUGUCUGUUGCAACGGAAACAUUCAUCAAAGAAUCCCUGGCCGCCGUGUUUUCGAAAACAAGAAGCAACGGACCAGGAGAAGGAGGCAACGCUGGCUUCGGUGCUGGCACAAAUUGGAUUCAGACGCACAAGUACCGCCGUCAGCUCGUCAAAGAGGAGGACGCGGCUUUGCGGGGCGAUAUGACCCGAGACAAGAGCGGUCUUCUGCCAAUUGAGUCGAAGGCUGCAAGCGAACGAGGGCCGCUUGGUAUGGCCGAUGUUCGAAUCGCCCUGGAAAUGGCGGACAGCGGUCUGUCGCAAUUUCCUAUCAUCAACACGGCAAUCUCUUACGGCUAUCGCGAGGGAGAGCUCGAAAACUGGCACGACUACACCUGGCUUCCAGGCUUCGAGGGACUGGGUGACAAUACCAAGACCGAGGGCGUUGACACCGGCCUUUCAGCUAAGCAGCAAUUGCCGAAUGGGCAUGUUGAUGCCAUGGAAAUCGACUCGGAACCUUGGUGGGAAGGCGGCGAUCCUCAAGAUAUGAGCGCCCUGGACUCAGUCCUGGAUUCGUGCUUGGCCGUCGGUUCAUAG